GAGGACGAAUCGUCUUGGAUGCAGCGCAUAGGACUGGUUGUGUAUGCCGACUUGCUUAGUCAGGCACAUUCACAUGCUCGGAUGGUGCCGAGGUUGGCUGGCCGGCUUCGGUUGGCACAGGAUCCCAGCAAGGUCAUGCUCAUUGCCGAACAACACCCUGGACGUCACCAACAUCACCCCCAAUGAGCAAGCUGGCGACGUGCUCAUAAUCAAUUACCCACGGGCACCAUCUUCGCCCCAUCUUUUCCAAGCAGCAUGGAUCAACUCAAAGCAUUACAGAAUUACGUCGAGCGCGAGAUCCUCCUCAAUCCAGCUUACAAACAACCCCUCAUCCUCCUCAAGGCCAUCCGCAAUGGCGCCGUCUACGGGACGAAAGUCCGCUUCCCCCAUGCCUUCGUCAUGGUCUUCCUCUUCCGAAGCGGCACCUUUCGAGAGAAGCUGUGGCUCAUCUUCAAGGCCACGCGGCAACACGCCUCCAACCUCGCCCGCUUCGCUCUGCUGUACAAGGGCGGCUGUCUGCUGCUCAAGAACAUGAAUGGUGGCAAGGAAGACAGCUUUCACUCUUUGCUCGCCGGCCUUCACGGCGGAUACUGGGUGUUCGGCCACGGAAGAGGCGCCACGAGCUCGGUGAACCAGCAAAUAUGCGUCUACGUCUUCGCCCGCGUAAUGCUGGCUUUUGCGAAGCUCGCCGUCCUUCCUCCUGGCGACAAUUCCCUUGUCGGCGGCGCCUACGGUGGGCGAGGCGGCAAGGGCCUUCUGAAUCUGAACCAAGAGCAACGCGAGCUCGUGCAGAAGUACAGCUGGCCUGCCUUUGCUUCCAUCAGCUGGGCUUGCGUCAUGUGGCUCUUCCGCUACUACCCGGAAACGCUACAGCCAAGCCUGCGGAGCAGCAUGACUUAUAUAUACACGUCGGCCGAUGAGUGGGACUCGAUGCAAAAUUUCCUGUGGCAUCACAAAUAGUUUUUGGCGCGCAUCUCCCUGCAUACCUGAGCGUUCUUCUGCACAGAUUGAAAUUGCCCAUAGCGCGUUUUGGAUACGACACAUACUGGCUGCAUCUACACGAUCAUAUCACUGACUCUGUCCUUCUCAGCUUCCGCAACUCCGAAUACUGGCACGACUUCAACUCUUACAUCGUCCAAUACAAGCAGCCUGCGCUCCCGGGCAUGCCGGAGACUGCCGCGUGAGGCUUGUAGUCCA